GUUCGAACUAUCCCUGUGAUAGGAAUACCAACACCCAUCAAUUGCCAGAAGCCGAGUGGUCCGCUAGACGAGCCAACAUUUCCGCAAAGCGCGGUCCCUUUUGGAUUCUGGGAGGAGAGUGCUAGCGAAGUGUUCAGAGCAGCGGAGACUGUUGUAUCUUUGAUCCGCUUGUCAGGUGGCAGUCUUCCACACUCGCCUCUCGUCGCAUUCGUUAUCUACACGGCAUCAUUUGUGGCCAUCUAUGCUAAAUAUUUUCCACACAUGGAUGUUCAGGGCUCGUUGUCCAGGAAUCUAGAACUGCCAAACCAAAAUUUCGGGGCUCCGUCGAAAAGCUCUUGUAGCAGCAUGACUACUAUCAUGCUCGACGCCCUAAGGAACAUGGCAAAGCAUUCCGGAGUGGCAGCAGCGUUUGUCUCAAGAUUUGAUGAAGUGGAUCAAUACUUCUUAGCUAUGGUUGAAGACCACCAUCAUAAUCUCAGAUAUCGUACUUCACCUCAUCUACCGACGGGCGGGAAGCUUGGUGUCCGCAUGGGGGGUGAUACUGGAGGGCUGGAAGAAUGGGUGGAAAAUUCUGACAGAAUGGUCAGCAACAGCUCGAUCAUCAAAGAUGGCUAUUCUAAGCACCAUCUCAACCGGACACGCCUCGAAAAUUCGACUCCAGAAAAGACCACACAGCAGGAUGUCUCAGCACGGCCCAACGCGCCUAUGACGCUACCCGAAGAGUCUCCUCUAACGUCACUAGAAUCGCAGAUCCUACAAGCUAUACCGGCCAUCGAGAAUGCGUCAGGCGCCGAGAACCACAGCCAACCUCCGCCAUUGCCUUUGGUACAGGUUACGGACGAAGACCCAUCCUUAUUACCAGAAAGUACCUGUACCGACGACUGGAGCUGGGCAUUCCUUCACGACAUGUAUCUAGGUAGUGUUUCGUUCGAUUCGGAGGAUGUCGAGCCCAGCUUCAAUUUAUAAUAGAAAUAAUAUAGGUAGAGCGCAUUCAACGACACAAUAUGGAUUGACAGAUGACUCUGUGUGCCGGGAUUAUUCACAACAUUGUGAGCCCGCCUUCAAACUUAUGUCUGACUGCCAUGCCACCCACAUCCACCACAUGAUCGGAAAACAUUCGUGGCAACACACCUGCAAGCUCCGCAAGUAUGGUUCUAAGGUCAACGCCAGAU